CUUUGCUGUAGCUCACUCUUCCAAGCUUUCUCAGAAUCACAGGGGGCGUGGUCAUUUUGACAGGCUGUGCUCUAAAUAGAAACCAAAAAGAUUGAAUGUUGACUGCAGUGGAUUAGCCAGAGCUAGCUAGCUAUGUCUGUAACUACUACACAGAUAAAGGUAUCUCCUCACACUAUCCCGGGGACUCUACACCUCCAGAAUCAGUCAGCUUUAGACUGGGGUUGGCAGGGUCUGCUUGCAUAUGGCUGCUACACAACUGUAGUGGUGAUAGAGCCGACAAGUGUACAGCCUCUGCAGACACUCGCACAUCACAAAACCAACGUUGUCAAAGUUCGCUGGGCCCCCACUACCCACCAUCACUCUCUCAACUCUCCCUAUUCUCUCAAGCUAGCGUCAGUGGACCAGAGCUGUGUGUGUGUCAUCUGGGAUGUUGGGGACGGUAGUGUCUACACAGAGUUUUCCCUGGGCACUAAGACUCUAGUAGACUUGCAAUGGCUCUCUGUCAAUGACUCUUGUAGGAACCUGCUGGCAGUGCUAGUAGCUCCCAGUACCAUGACAGUAUGGAACGCUGACACAGGCACUAAAGUCAGUCGGUUCACAUUCACUGAGAGCAUCCAUGCCUUCUUGUUCAACCCCUUCAAGCCAGAUGAUCUUGUUUUGCAAUCCACGGACUGCCUCAUUUUCAUCAAUGACUUCAACCCUGGCCGGAACCCAACUGGAGGGGGGAAGAAGUUCUACCUGACAGCUAGUGACACUGCCACACCUCUCUCUUGUAGGGGGAAAGCCCCUCCCCACUUGCAACGACGUCUGGUAGCUGGAGAUCAACUCAGAGGUGAGGAGACGAUUCACUUCUCAGAAUCAGUGCAGCUGGUAUUUUCCCCGGCCGUGCGUCAUCGUCUGUUCAUCAUGUUCUCCAAGGAUAUAACAGUAGUGGACCUCGAGAUGCAGCAAGCCAUCGGGAUGAUAGCCCUGGAGAGAAGUGCCUCUCCAUUCCAUCGCCUCCUGCCCUGCACACAGCGGGACAUCCUCUACUGCUUGCACGAGAACGGUUGUGUGAGCGUGAGAGUGAAUCAACAGCAGGAUCUGCCCCACCCCCAGUCCCCCAUUGGAGGGGUGGAGUCAAGAGAGGUACGAUAUGUGGCACACGGCCACUCAGAGCCACUACGAAUCAGCAAAAGCUGUCAAGUAUAUUCUGGAGCUCUCUGCCCUAGUACUGAGAAAGAGGUGGCUGUGUUGACUAGUGAAGGCCGUAUCUUGUUCUGGGAGACUGAGUUUGAGCAAGUGGGCGUGUACGGUCAGGCGCUCUCUCCCACCCUCCUAACCGCCCACACUGUGAGGGGUGUGGACCUCGUGACAGUGGGGGAGGAGGACGAAGGAUAUGGGGCAGAUCGUGGGCAGGGGAUUUCCCUCGAUCAGACUGUAGCACCCACGUGGUUCACCCCUCCAGAAGGGUGUACCUCAACGUUUGGUCUGCUCUCCCUCAAGCUGACGUUGGGUAGACUAUGGACUGGGAUCACAGGCACACCCACUGUGGUGCGAAUGAGUCCCCCCCUCACUACAAGGAACUGGCUCACGUAUGCUCCCCUACUGGCAGUGGGUACUAGCAAUGGCAGUGUGCUGGUGUUCAACCUGGCCAAGAGAGUGUUCACUAAAGAAUUCUCCAUUCACUCGUGUCCUGUGCAUGGCAUUGAGUGGAUCCACCAGACCUUGUUUGCCUCCUAUGGUUACACUAACCCCAAUUCUGCCGGACAUGUUCGCAACGAGGUGGCCGUCACUAAUAUACUAACUGGCAAACUAACAUUCCUGAAGAGACCUGAUGCACCAACUAGUCAGCCACAAACUGCCAUUGAUGCCAUCAGAAUAUCACACUACAAGAACUAUGUGGUUGUCAAGUACAUCAAUCGACCCCUAGAGUUCUAUGAUGCAAAGACAGGAGUGUUCCUCCGGGAGAUGGUGACUAACCCUCCAUCCUUCAGCUGUAUUGAUUGGAUACCCAACCAUGGCCGUCACAAGACACCCAAGGUUGAUCCUCUUACUCUGGGCAAGAGUUCAGCAGCGGUGGACUUUGACCUUGCCAUGGGGGCGUCUGAUGGAAGGGCUUCACUGACAAGUAACAAGGAACUGUUGGCAGUCAUGGACGAGAAUGGGUGCAUGUGGCAAAUUGUCAUUGAUGGGUCAAAGGUCAAAGUAGGCAACAGUGCACCAACUCAGACAUGGCUCAACAACCCGGGGUGCUUGACAUGGAAGAGUGACCUGAUGGUGGCAGGAGAUGUCAAUGGAGCCCUCAUCUUCUUUGAUACCAAGGCACAGGCUGCCAGGACUGUUGAAACACCAAGGGCAGCUGUCAAGAAACUACGCUUUGCCCCUGGCAAGGGUAACACAAAGUUAAUGGUUCUGUACAACUCUCGUCUUGACAUCAGAGAUGCCUCCUCAGACACUGUGCUGAGUCAGCUCAAGUGGGGUCCCAAGGAUGCCUCUAUAGAGGAUGCAGACUGGGCCACAUCUGAUAAGGUUGUCCUGCUCACCAGUGAUGGGUGUGUGCGUGUGUGUGAGGUCUCUCUCAAACACUCUCAAUCACCAGUCAACACUUCAGAGCUAUCAGCUCCAGUGUUCUGUCCUCAUGUGAUCCUCCCUCAGAGCUGCCUCUACCUCAAGUGUCUGCUGCAGCAUCAGCCUUGGAGGAUAGAGUACAGCCUCGACUCUGACAACUUGACUCAUGACAGUCCUGUAGAGAAAGCUGUCAGAAAUCAACUGGACACCUUGCCAGAUGACUAUCGUCUUGCCUUGUUGGAGGCCCGGCUGGGUGUGGCUGAGAGGUGUCUACUGGUGGGUGGGCUCUACGGAGACCUGAGGGAGGUGCUCUUCUGGAGGGUAGCCCUUUAUUACAUGCUACGGGAGAAACACAGGAAACGGGAUCCUCAAUACAACAUGUUUAAGGAGACUCAUCGCCGUAACCCGAGUAACGACAUAUUCCAGCCUGACUCUGAUGCCUCAGUGAGCAUUGGCCCCGCCCAUAGCCACACCCCCAGUCUGGACGAUCUACUCGGACCUAUAGCAGAGGGGGAUGGGCAUGGUGGGGACACCUUAGAACAAGCUCCGCCCACUUCCUCUCUUGAUGAUGUCGACGGUAUCAUGUACGAGGCAGAACUGAAAAUCGUUAAUGACACACCCCCUCUAGAUUUAAACUUUGACCUUCUAUGUGAUGCAAAGACGUAUAAAAGGAUUGCCCUCAAUCGAGUGCUACUGUUUGAUAGUCGGAGACAGACGUACGAUCAAACCAGGAGAUGUGCAGACUCUCUUAUGCUGUUGGGGCAGACUGAUCGUGCUGUUCAGAUGUUACUAGAGACAGACUCCUCCAGUGAUCAGUACUACACUGAUGCACUCAGGGCUUGUUUGGCUGCCACUAUUCGCUCUUCAGGAGCCUCUCAGAGCACCAUCAAGUUGGUGGCCACUAACCUCAUUGCCAACUCUCGACUCUUGGAGGGUGUUCAGUUACUGUGUCUCAUAGACAAAGGUCAGGACAGCUGUCGCUACCUACAGACAUAUGGAGAAUGGUAUCACUCAGUCUGGCUAGCCAAGGUGACUCAGAAGGAGAGAGACUGCAACGAGACGUUUGCUCGAUGGGCUGAGCACCUCGCAUCAUCAGGUGUCAGUCAGAAGAAUUUGGCUCUUCUAGUGUGGCUCUCAUUGGGCAACUUCAUCAAGGUCAUUGAAAUGCUUUACAGCAUGAGACACUUUGACCAAGCAGCUUUGUUUGCUGAGGCUUGUCUUUCCCAGUCCCUCAUUAAGGUCACUAAAGCAACCAGUGCUCUACUGGAGGCAGUGUUUCUGGAGUAUGCUCGCUACCUGCACAGUCUUCAGCUGACCAGGGGAGCCAGACACUAUUGUAACAAGGCUGGGGAGAAAGGAGGACAGUUACUUGAACAGUUAAUGCCCACAUCUAGACCUAUUAGGAUUGUGUAGGAUUGUGUAGUGCCUUUUUGUUCUGUGUUUAUAAAAUUUUCCAUGUACUUUAAUAUGUACUGUGCUGCAAUAUGCAAUGUAAUGUUC